AAAGUGGGACUUUCGCAACAUUGCAAAUGGAGAGUGUGUUUACUGGGUAUCCUCUCCGGUAAACUAAUAUCCAUAAACGGCCAUGGACUUUCAGAAGGAUGGCUUGAACCUUGAUACCGAACUCCACAUGAUUGAGGUGUGGACGACUAGUAAUACCACGUGGAGUUUGCCAACCUCGUGUAUCUUCACCGCACUCUGGGUGUUCAUUUGGGUUGAAGUUUUUUUUCCCGCAAUGAGUAUCCCAGGGAGUCAGGGACCCAGCUUGAUUCACAAAAUAGGUCUGGACUGGAGACACUGGGUAAAGAGAGAGGGACUCGAACACUCUGGUAUCCUCACUGCUCUCUGCGUGUCCCUUCUUCAGUUAGCUUCCAUUACCCUGUGCGGUUUCUAAUGGCUCAUUUUCAGAAUAAAGACUAAACUCAUAACAUCACCGCAUUCAUGUGGAUUGCAUAUGGUUUAAUUAGUGCCACAAACUAAUAAAGUUGCAAUCUUUAUCGUUCGGGUCGGGAGACAAGGAAAUGGUGAAACAAUCUAUAAGAAGAUUCUUCCUGCAUAUCGAGUAUAAUGCUAACCUGCAAAAGAAACAAGAGCCAUAUAGACAGUUUGUCUACAGUCUUCUUACUCAGUCUAGAUCACAAUGCUCGAAAGCAGAUAAACCACAAUGUAAUGGGUCAAAGGAGGCAAAAGACGCAUCCCAAAAGGGGCAAUCAAGUCGCUCUUCGAACCUCAGUAGACGUGGUUCUGACCAUGAUGAUUUGGACGAAAACAAGUGGAAGUUAGAACUUGCUUGGCUCUCAAAAGCUCUUGAACCUGCCUUUCAGUUGUGUAGGUGGGCCUUGCCUACAGGUAGCGACAAUGGGCAAAAUCCUCCACCUAGCAGUCGAUCACUUACAGAGAUUCUGGCAAGCAUUCAAAAGAGUAAAAUUGGUAUCCAGGAUUGGAGCUUAAGUGAUCUAACAAUGGGGUUGUAUCUCACAUAUCUUCGUCAAGCAUCUGCUGCUCGGGUCGAGGAUAUCAAGGGCAUUCAAAUCUCUUCCAAUUCUAUAGUUCAAGAUCUCAUAUAUCAUACUGAACUGGCGAAAGGGGCAUAUAAGGAGAAUGCUGCAGGUCUUGCAAGGAACAGCAUGCUUCAAGAACGUAAUGUUUUGAAAUUUGUAAACAGUUCCAGUGUUAUGAGACCAGGAUAUUAUAUUGGGAUUGAUAUCAGAAACAAGCUCGUCAUUCUAGGAAUCCGUGGAACUCAUGCUGUUUAUGACUUUAUCACCGACGUCAUUUCUUCUAGUGAAAAGGAAGUAACAUUUGAAGGUUUCUCCAGUCAUUUUGGUACAGCUGAAGCUGCUCGCUGGUUUCUCCGUCACGAAAUUGUAACCAUAAGGAAGUGCUUGGAGAAACAUGAGGGAUUUAGGUUGAGGCUGGUAGGGCAUUCUCUCGGAGGCGCUGCAGCUUCAUUACUAGCAAUAAUGCUUAGGAAGAAGUCAGAAGAGGAACUUGGAUUCAGUCCUGAUAUUGUUACGGCAAUUGGGGUUGGAACUCCUCCUUGUCUUUCUAAAGAACUUGCUGAAAGCUGCGCCAGCUAUGUUUCCACUCUUGUAUUGCAGGAUGAUAUAGUUCCAAGGUUAAGUGUGGCUUCACUACAGAGGUUGAGGGAGGAAAUUCUUCAAACUGAUUGGAGAAAAAUCUUAGAGAAGGAAGACUGGAAGAGUGUUGUAGACAUGAUUGCAAAUGCGAAACAAGUUGUUUCUUCAGUACAAGACGUGGCUAGAAAACUUGCUGAUUAUGCUAGUUUUGGGAGCAAGACCGAUUCGUCUGAUGAUUCUGUCAGAAAAGAAUUACUGCCUGUUCGAGCUAAAGAGACAUCACCAGGAGAUAAUAGUACUUCAGUCGUAAAUGAGGGUUCAGUUGACAUCCCCGAGGAAUUGUUUAUUCCUGGAACUCUGUAUUUUCUAAAGAGGGAUCUGGAUGUGGGUAAACAAAGCAAAUACAGUACUGAUAGCAAAGCAAGGGAAUCAUACACGCUCUGGCAGAGAAAUCCUGGUGAACACUUCCAAAAUAUUUUGUUGUCCGGCAACUUAAUUUCAGAUCAUAAGUGUGAUAACCAUUACUAUGCUCUCAGAGACGUGUUGAAGUGUUUGGCACGACCUGAGAAUGAAAAAGGCAUUUAUGGAUAACCAGGGCCGGCCCUGAUGGGGAAGCAGGGGAAGGCCCCUUUGAAGCAACAAUUCAUGAAUCAUUUAGAACGUUUAAGAGCUAAAUAUUAAUGAACAUUUAGAAGCUAAAUAUUAUUUUCU